AUGUGCUUUGAUGGAAGGCAAAUUGGAAAGAAUACGUUGAAUGAAAAAAGUGAUAUUUAUAGCGUUGGUAUAUUAUUUUGGGAAUUAUCUAGUGGGAUAAAACCCUUUGCUAAAAAAGAAUAUGAUUUAUUUCUGGUUAUGGAGAUUGCAUGUGGAUCAAGAGAAUGCAUAGUGGAGGGUACACCCAAAGAAUAUUCUAAUCUUUACACAAAAUGUUGGGAUGAAGAUCAAGAUAUGAGACCAACUAUUCAAGAAGUCGUCACAAACUUAAAAUCAAUGAUAUCAUCACUAAAUGCAAAUAAUCAAAUGGAUUUAGAUUUAUCACCUAAGCAACAAACUAUUCAACAAUUUAAGUUAAAUCAUGGCUUAUUCUUGGACGGAUAUAGCAUGAAACAUAGUAAACAUGCUGUAGUAUCAGAUGAUGGUGAAUUGGAUAUAAGUUUGUAUAAUGGACAACCUUUAGUAUAUACAUUUAUCAAUGAUCACAAGUCUCGCACAAAUUUAUUGGCUAUUUAUCCUGACAAUAUUAAUAUUAACAAAGAUUUAAAGCCAUCAGAUAUAUGUAUACUUUUUCCGGUUGCAGAAAUUACAUAUAACGCCGAAUCAUUGAAGUCUUUUUUGAGCUUUAUGUAUGAUGAUGAUGAAAAGUUACAUGAGAUGUAUGGUCAUCUGUUUUCAAGAAAAGUUUUGGUUGGUGGUAAAUUAUUUAUCGAUGAUUUUAAGUCAGAUUCAACACAAAUUGAUGCUUAUAAAUCUCAUUUAACUUGGGCAUAUGAUUCAGCUAAAUACAAUAAAGAAAAUUCAUUUAUUACUAUAGAUUUUUUUCCGAAAAUAAGGACAUCAGAUGGGAAAGAGUUAAAUACUCUUGACAAAUUAGCCGUUUGGAUGGAUGAUUUAUAUCAAAAGAAUGUGGUUGAUAUAAUUUCUUACAAUAGUCUCAUUCCAAUUUCUGAUUUAAGAUCCAAUAAAUCAUUGGAAGAUACUUUAGUUGACAAGCAACCUGAAAUUGCUAAUUUUAAAGAGAAAUUAAGCUUGGAAGAGUGGAUUGAAGACUCUAUGUAUAUCAAGUUGACAAAAUGGGUUAAAGAUUUUCAUAUUCUUCAAGGCCUAUCAAUUAAUAAACAUUUUGAAUUAGAAAUUAGAAAGAGAAAAGCCAUUAAUCUCAUCAAGUUUCCUUUUGUAUAUGCAAGUGGUAAUGCUUAUUCGGAUUUGAAAGUGAUCAAACCAAAAACCAAUUUAGAAGAAUUUUUAAUAUCCAAUAAUAUUUAUUCGGCUAAUAAUUUAGGAUCUUUUCCGUUUAUGAAAAGUUGUAUUGAAUCUGAUGAUUUAAGUUAUUUAGGUUAUACACAUCUUCUGGUCAAAUGUGAAAAAUAUAGAAUUUUAUUGAAUGAGAAUGACAUUAAACCUUCAGAAGAAUUUAAACAAGCUAUAGAAACCGCGCUUGAUGAUAUGAAGCCAUUUGCAUGUUUGAAAGAUGUAUUUGACGAGUAUGGGCACUUUAUUCCGUUAAAUAUUGUAUUGGGAAAAUCUCUUAAAAAUAUUUUACCAAACACCGCCUCUCCCGAACUUUCCGAACAAGUUGAUUUAGGAUCACUAGAAUUUGGAUCCUUAAAAUCACAUUUAGAUAAAAUUAAAUUUUCAUAUCUUUUGACACAAAAAGGUAAUGUUAUUAAAAAAGAUGAAUUAUCUAAUUGGAUUCAAAAUACAAAUAAUUAUUUAGAAAUUAUUGAGUAUGAUAAAAUAAUUUCUUUAUAUAAAAUCCUCGGAGAAGUUCAACGGAAUAAAAUAGAUGUUAUAUUAAAUGAGCAAGAUAAUUUUAAAAUUAUAAUGACAGGGAUUGUGGAUUUGAAAGAUUUAAAUAUUAAUAAUACUGAGCAUUAUAAACGAAUCAAUAUAGAACCAUCGUUGGAAGAUGAAAAUUAUCAAGUUUUUGGAUCAAUUAUGUUUAAUAAUGGUUUAAAAUCGGAAAUUUUUGUUUCAUUUGGAUUAUGUGACUUUAAUGGAUUCUCUGUGAUGAUAAAAACUUUAAAAGAUCAAAAUAUUAAAAUUACAGAAUGUUCUAUUUUAUGGAUGAUUAUUGGAAAACCUUCGAAAUUAUCAGUAUUUAGUCCAAAGAAUCGAGAAUUACAGUUGGUUUAUUUUACAAAAUCUAUUACAUUACAACCCGAUCUUUAUUACUAUUCAGUUGAAACUUCUAACCAAUUAUCUCGAGGAUAUACUGUUUUUGUCAAUGCUUAUUUAUCAACAAAAUAUUAUGAGCCUAUAAAUAUAAAGCUGGAUAAAUGGUCAAAGAAUUAUAUUUAUUUUCAAAUAUGUACUAAUACAAAUCUUAAUCAUUCGAGUUUGGAUGACGCCGAUUGUAUGGAUUCCUUGACAAAGAUUGAUGUCCAAAUUUGUAUUUUAUCAUCAGAUUAUAAAACUUUGAACCUUGAUAUUGGUGGAAAUAAUUGUUGCUUAAACCUAAUCGGAUAUACAUUGGACGAAAGAAAUUUUAAUAAGAAAAAUGUAAAAGAACAACUUGACUUGAAAGAUGAAAGACAAAAUAUUAUUCAAGUAAUUUUAGAACGUAAUAUUGUUACAGAUACAGAAAGUAAUAAUGCAUAUGCUGAAAAUUUUGAUAAUGACGAAAAUAAAAUGCAAAUAAUAAAAAAUAGAAUAUGUUCCUAUUGCGACGAAGAACUUAUUGAAAAACAAUGUAAAAAAUGCGAUUCUCCAUAUCGAAUAAGCGAAGGAUGGACCAGUGGAGAUGUUCGUAUUGACACAUUUAUCAAAAAUACUAUGUAUAAAGCAAGGAAUGGAGGAAGAUGGCUUGAAUGGAUAUCAUUUGAUAGAUUUACUAACAUAGAAUUAUAUGAAGAUGGCUUUGAUAAAGUUUAUUUGGCGUUAUGGUUGGAUGGUAGAGAUAAUUACCUUGAGCAGAAUGGAAGUUUGAAAAAUGAACCACAACCUGUAAAAGUUUUCUUGAAACAAUUUAAUUUAUCAGCUGAUUGUUUAAAUGAGAUUAAAAACCAUUGGGAAUUCUUUAACAUAGAGUUUGCUAUUUCAUCAAAGUUUUAUGGAAUGUCUAAACAUCCGGAAACUCAAGAAUUUAUAAUGGUCACUCACUAUGGAAAUCAAAAAUCUUUGCGGACUUUAUUUGAAAAUGAUAAAAAUUUAUUAUGGAAACAAAAAAUUGAAAUAUUACGUGAUACUUCUAAAAAACUCAGGAACUUACAUACACCAGAAUUUGGAAAAGGAACUCCCAAAAUUUAUAAGGAUUUUGUUAAUCAAUGUAUAAAUGCUAAUCCAGACCAAAGGCCUACAGCAAAGAAUUUAUACAAGCAAUUUAAAGUUUGGUAUAAUUGUAUUAUAGGUCUUGCAGAAUAUAAAGAUUGUGGAGAAACGGUAAAAUCGGCAUUUAGUAACGCAGAUAAUUAUAAUGACGAUGGCGUUAAAGCUGAUGAUGAGAUAGUCAAAGUUAAUUACUUUAAAUCGCCAUUGAUGUCUUCGACAGCUAUAAGUUUCAAUAAUAGUAUGCAAUCAAUAAAUAGAGAUUCGAAGUAUCCUCGUACCAAAGUUAGCUUGGAUGAUUCAGUUAUGGAUGUCGAUGCAAACUCGACCCCGUCUCUAUCUCUAUAUCAUUCUUCUUGCCCUUCACCGUCAAAUCCC